AUGAUGCGGUUCCCACCCGCUACCCUCUCCCUGCUCCUGCUGUGCCUGCUGCUGGGCCAGGCCCCUCUCGGCAGGCCGCAGUCGCCGGGCACCGCGAAGCUGCGGCUGGUGGGCCCAGGAAACAGGCCGGAGGAGGGCCGCCUGGAGGUGCUGUACCAGGGCCAGUGGGGCACCGUGUGCGAUGACGAUUUCGCCCUCCAGGAGGCCACCGUAGCCUGUCGCCAGCUGGGCUUUGAGGGGGCCCUGACCUGGGCCCACAGUGCCAAGUAUGGCCCGGGGGAGGGACCCAUCUGGCUGGACAAUGUGCGCUGUGCGGGCACAGAAAGCUCCCUGGGCCAGUGCGGGUCUAAUGGCUGGGGUGUCAGCGACUGCAGCCACUCGGAGGACGUCGGGGUGGUGUGCCAGCCCCAGCGCCAGCGCGGCUACCUUUCUGAGAGAGUCUCCAAUGCCCUCGGGCCUCAGGGCCGGCGGCUGGAGGAGGUGCGGCUCAAGCCCAUCCUGGCCAGCGCCAAGCGGCGGAACCCGGUGACCGAGGGGGCCGUGGAGGUGAAGUACGAGGGCCACUGGCGGCAGGUGUGCGACCAGGGCUGGACCAGGAACAACAGCAAGGUGGUGUGCGGGAUGCUGGGCUUCCCCAGCGAGGCACCUGUCAACGGUCACUACUACAGGAAAGUCUGGAAUUCGAAGAUGAGGGAUCCCAGGUUCAGGCUGAAGAGCUUGGCCCAGAAGAAUUCCUUCUGGAUCCACCGGGUCAGCUGCCUGGGGACGGAGCCCCACGUAGCCAGCUGCCAGGUGCAGGUGGCGCCAGCUCGGGGCAAGCUGCGGCCGGCCUGCCCAGGUGGCAUGCACGCUGUGGUCAGCUGUGUGGUAGGGCCCCGCUUCCGCCCUCUGAAGGCCAAGUCUGGACGCAAGGAGCCCCGGGCAGAGGAGCCAAGGGUGCGCCUCCGCUCCGGAGCCCAGGUGGGCGAGGGCCGGGUGGAAGUGCUCAAGAACCGCCAGUGGGGUACUGUCUGUGACCACGGGUGGAACCUCAUCUCUGCCAGCGUCGUGUGCCGCCAGCUGGGCUUCGGCUCUGCUAAGGAGGCUCUCUUUGGGGCCCAGCUGGGCCAAGGGCUGGGGCCCAUCCACCUGAGUGAGGUGCGCUGCAAGGGAUCUGAGCGGACCCUCGGUGAAUGCCCCUCCCUGGACGGGGCCCAUAAUGGUUGUCAGCAUGAGAACGAUGCUGCUGUCAGGUGCAACGUCCCAAACAUGGGCUUCCAGAACCAGGUGCGCUUGGCUGGCGGGCGCAGCCCCGAGGAGGGCGUGGUGGAGGUGCAGGUGGAGGUGAAUGGGGUCCGACGCUGGGGGACCGUGUGCAGUGACCACUGGGGGCUCAACGAAGCCAUGGUGACCUGCCGACAGCUCGGCCUGGGCUUUGCCAGCCAUGCUAUCAAGGACACCUGGUACUGGCAGGCGACAGCAGGGGCUGAAGAAGUGGUGAUGAGCGGGGUGCGCUGCUCAGGCACAGAGCUGGCCCUGCAGCAGUGUCAAAGGCACGGGCCAGUGCACUGCUCCCACAGUACGGGGCGUGGCUCAGCGGGAGUCUCCUGCACCGACAGUGCUCCGGACCUUGUGAUGAACGCCCAGCUAGUGCAGGAGACGGCCUACUUGGAGGACCGCCCCCUCAGCCAGCUCUACUGCGCCCACGAAGAGAACUGCCUCUCCAAGUCCGCUGACCACAUGGACUGGCCCUACGGACACCGGCGCCUGCUGCGCUUCUCCUCACAGAUCUUCAACCUGGGCCGGGCUGACUUCCGUCCCAAGACAGGGCGCCACAGCUGGAUUUGGCACCAGUGCCACAUGCAUUACCACAGCAUUGAGGUCUUCACCCACUAUGACCUACUCACUCUCAAUGGCUCCAAGGUGGCUGAGGGGCACAAGGCCAGCUUCUGUCUAGAGGACACAAAUUGCCCUGCAGGACUGCAGCGGCGCUAUGCAUGUGCCAACUUUGGAGAACAGGGAGUGACCGUUGGCUGCUGGGACACCUACCGGCAUGACAUUGAUUGCCAGUGGGUGGAUAUCACAGACGUGGGGCCUGGGGACUAUAUUUUUCAGGUGGUCGUGAACCCCAAAUACGAGGUGGCAGAGUCUGAUUUCUCCAACAACAUGAUGCAAUGCCGUUGCAAAUAUAAUGGGCACCAGGUCUGGCUGCACAACUGCCACACAGGGGAUUCAUACCGAGCCAAUGCAGAGCUCUCCCUGGAGCAGGAACAGCGUCUGAGGAACAACCUCAUCUGA